AUGUCUGCCGUUGCCGCGAAAAAUCGUUUGAUGUCCGAGUACAAGGGACUGGCCAAAGAGAAAUGGGUCAAUAUCGAGAUGAAUGAAGACUCGCUCUUUAAAUGGCAAGUCGGUUUGAUGGUUGUUAACGAUGAGAGUGCUUUCAACGGUGCUUACUUUAAGGCCGAAAUGACUUUCACCGACAAUUAUCCUUACAGCCCUCCUACCUUCAAAUUCCUCCGACCAAUUCAACACCCUAAUAUCUAUCCCGACGGUAAAUUAUGUAUCUCAAUCUUGCACCCACCUGGAGAAGACGAGCAAUCCGGAGAAUCUGCCAGUGAACGUUGGUCACCUCUACAAGGUGUUGAAUCUGUCUUGCGAUCCAUCCUUCUGCUCCUUGAUGAUCCCGAGAUCAAUUCUCCCGCCAAUGUCGAUGCUGGGGUUAUGUACCGUGAUUCUAGGGAAAAAUACAACGAGAAAGCUAAAGAGGCUGUUGCUGCUUCGAAGCAGGAUAUUCCAGCCGGAUUCGAAAUGCCGAAAACACUUGAAACUGCCCCUCCUGCGAAACUUGUAGAUGACGACGCGUUCUGGGCCGAGAGUGAUGAAGAGGACGACUUUGGCGCCAGCGAUAGUUCCGAUGAAGAAAUGGAGAAUGAAGACGAAGAGGAAGAGGAUGGCGAGGAGCAAGAAGAGGACGAUGAAGAUAUGGAAGAUUAAAGGGGGAGAGCUAUCAAGUCUGACUCAUUCUUGAAGCUCAUUGCUUUUCUCGAACCUCCCAAAUGUUCUCGAUACUGGCUACUUCGUUAAAAUUGCACAUGGUCACAACUUGCGAUUGAGGGAGGGUCAUUUUAUUUUAUUUUACAAUGCAUAGCACAGCGGCGGUACGCUCGGUUUACAUGGGAGGCGCAAAGGACAAUGCAAGCAUAUUUGCAUUCCAGGCGUACGUAUAACAUGCUUUUUACAUUGGGGGAUCUUAGCGCUUUUAGAUUAUGGGGGAUAUGGAUUGGGUGUUACGUAUUUUGGAGGGCAUAAUUUGUCUGGGGCUUUUGCAGUAAGCAGUGAGAUAG